AUUGUUGAAUAAUUAAUAAUUAAAAUCUUUAAAAAUUCAAAUAAAUGACAAUAACUUUUAAUGAAAGUUAGGUUAAUGAUAUAAAAAUAUAUCAAAUAUAUAAAUAAAUAAAUUUAUUUUUAAAUUUAUAAUUAACCAUAAAAAUUUAAAUAAAUUUGAUUUUAUUCAAAUAUUAAAUGACAGAAAAUAAUUCCGCGGUAGUUUUUCAAAAAUUAAAAAAUGAUCCAAUAAAAAAAAGUUUUAUCGUGUAAGAUAAAGUUAUGGAAUUGAUUACAAAAUCAAAAAAUGGCAGCGGAGAAGGGGAAAAUAGAAUUUGUAAAUGAACCCUGUACAAUAAAACCCCGCAAAUUUUCAGCCCAAAAUAUCGUCCUGAGGUUAAGACGUCGCGAGACCAUCGCGUGUCAGUAUCCAGGUACUCAAGUACUGAUAUCCCGUCAAUUUUACCAGAAUGUAUUUCCCAAUUUCACGGUUGUCAAUGUGGAGAAGCCGCCCUGUUUUUUACGUAAGUUUAGUCCUGACGGCAGAUACCUCGUGGCCUUCAGCGCCGACCAGACUUCAAUUGAAGUUUACAAGUACGAAGGAGCUUCAGCUGCCGCAAAAUUACUCGUCGACUGCAAAGGCGAGUACAUUGGCCACAAAAAUGAUGACAGAAGUUUUCAUAUCCGCAAUAAUAUUUUUCAUCAGUUUUUUAAGCCAAAAUGGGUAAUUAAUGUAGUCGAUAGCAAUGAGCAAUUAAAUAGAGAAUGUAGUUUAUUUACUGAUGACGGAAGAUACGUCAUUGUUGGAUCAGCAAAACAUAUUUCUGAGGAAUUGAGACCACAUUUUUACCAGAUUUACUCGAAUAAUGAAGCUUUGACACCAAAUCCCCGAUCACCGCUUGAAGACUACACUCUUCAUCUAGUUGAUCUCAAAGGGGGUAAACUCUGUGAUUUCCGGCGUUUUUUAGUUGAUAAAAUUUAUUUAUCUCAUAAUCAAGGACUGUAUUUGUAUAAAGAUAUUUUAGCAGUUUUAUCAGUACAACAUCAAACUAUUCAUAUAUUUCAAAUACUCGAUGGAAUGUUUAUUAAUGUUAGAACAAUUGGAAGGUUUUGUUUGGAAGAUGAAAGUUAUUUAUUAGCAACAGCAUAUCCUCAAAUUAACAUACGGCCGUUUAAAGACACGACAAUAAAUACAUUGAAACAUAAAUUAUUGAUACAUUUAUAUAAACGGGCUGCUUAUAUCAGUAAAACAUCAGAUGAUCCAUAUGAGUUGCGUCGUUUUUACCAGUACUUUGAUCAGUUGAAUGCAUUGCGGAUGUGGAAGAUGCAGCUACUGGACACUAAUCACAUACUGGUGCGUUACGCGAGCGAAGAAGUAGCGACUCUGCAAACAACUGACCCAAAUGCACAUCCAGCGCUGCUGGUUGUCUAUGACAUGGUCUCUGCUAAAGUGAUUGCUGCUUACGACAACGCAUCGUCUCACAUGCAGACGCAGUUUGAGAACUUCAGUGAUUUUUUCCGCAACGCAGACACGCCGUACAUUUGCUCGCCUUCUAAUAACAUUUACGCGCGACUGAUGCAGCAGAGAUAUAAACAGACGAUUGUGAGCGCGCGAUACGGCGGCAUGACUGAGGCGACCAAAAGACUGCUCUCCCAACUGCCAAUUUGUGCUCAAUCAUAUUCCAGUUCUCCGUAUCUUGAUCUUUCGCUGUUCUGCUACGAUGACAAGUGGGUGUCGAUGAUGGAAAGACCUAAGGCUUGCGCUGAACAUCCUAUUAGAUUUUAUGCAAGAGACUCAGGGCUUUUGAAAUUUCGUAUGCACGCAGGAAUGUUGGGAAGAACAACUCCCGUAGUGGCACGAAGACUCGUCGCGUUCACUUUUCAUCCAACUGAUCCAUUUGCUAUAUCAGUUCAACGCACAAAUGCUGAGUAUAUCGUCAGUUUUCAUGUUCGUCAUGUAUGAUAUUUUAUAUACAAACGUUUGUUUUAUUUAUAUCA